AUGUCAGAUAAUUUAGAACUGAUUUAUCGCAUCAAGAAGGGCGGUCAAGCUCCAAUGCGUCCACAGUUAGAAUUAGACGGUGUAGAAGUCAGCCCGCUCGCGCUGAACCUUGUUCGAGAUUGCUGGGAUCAAAACCCAGCAGAUCGACCCGAACUCGAAUUCGUAUGCAAUCAAAUGAGAGAAAUGAUGAGGUCAUGGAAGAAAGCAAACCUCAUGGACCAUGUUUUCUCUAUGCUCGAAGAUUACACAACAACUCUUGAAUUGGAGGCGAGCAAUCACAUAUUGUUUGCACAAAAAAAAGUGGAAGAUCGAACGAAGGAAUUGGCAGAGCAAAAGCAAAAAGCGGAUCUUCUACUGGGAAGAAUGUUGCCAAGACAAGUAGCCGAGCGUCUGAAACUCGGCCAAACCGUUGAACCGGAAGGCUUCGACAGUGUCACAGUUUUCUUCUCCGACGUUGUGAAAUUCACUCAACUGUCCGCUAAAUGUACACCUUUCCAGGUCGUCAAUCUUUUGAACGAACUUUACAGCAAUUUCGAUGCAAUUAUUGAGGAGCAUGACGUUUACAAGGUAUCCCAUUCAGCACAUAUCAAGCAAAUCGUCGAUAUGUCUCUUGCGUUCAUGGACUACGUGAGGCAGUACAGAUUUCGUCCUCUCCCAAGGGAGAGGGUUGAACUACGUAUAGGUGUAAAUAGCGGAGGCUGUGUAGCAGGAGUUGUGGGACUCAGUAUGCCUCGUUACUGCCUAUUUGGAGAUACCGUGAACACAGCUUCCAGGAUGGAAAGCAAUGGGAAAGCUAGUCACAUUCAUCUGUCACAAUCGGCUCACAAUCUGCUCACAACCACUUUCCCAUCACAGUAUGAAACCGAGCGCCGAGGCGAGGUGAUCAUCAAGGUGACGUUGUUUGUUAAUAAUUAUAGCUCUACAGCAAAAGGCAGCGAGUAA